GUAGUCCCUGGCAGGAGGGGGCCCCGAUGCGGAGGUAUACUGCAGUUGCAGGUCCCUCAGCUGAUGAUUGAAGGUAAGCUGAGAGAGUGGAGCUGAAAUACAGUCUGUAACAACAACUACAACACUGGAACAAAUAGUGAAUGGUAGUGUCUAGAAAGGGUAUGUCCCUUCAGGAGAGAGGUGCCAAUGUCCAACCGGCCUAAUAACAAUCCAGGGGGGUCACUGCGACGUUCACAGAGGAACACUGCCGGGGCCCAGCCACAAGACGACGCAGUUGGAGGAAGGUUACACUCAGAGCAGGCAAAACAUAAAGCAAAUUCCCCACCUGAGAAUAGAAGAUCACUUUCUAAGACCUCAAAAGUACAGUCCAACACUGCCUCUAGACAAUCCAGAGGACACAGCUCUAAAAGAAACAGUAUUUCAUCAGCAGCACCAUUACUGCAGCAAGAGGACCCAGAUACAGCAAGUACUUCAGAGAGACACAAAACAGGACAGCCUAAGCGGGACAGCUCCCGAGGAGUUAAACGCAAUUCGAGUCCUGAAUUCAACAGCACAUACUCUCCCAGCCCAGCCAAGAAGCCCAAAGCACUUCAGUCCACUGAAAGCUCUGAGGCAAAGAAAGUCCCAGCUAAAUCUAAGAAAAGACAGUUGGCACAAGACCAGCAGCCAAAACCAGAUCAGUCGGCAUCGACAAGUAAAGCCUCUAACAGAAAGAGUGGAGCUACGGGGGGCUCCCCAACUCAGAAAAGAAAUAAAAUUGAUAAUUCCUCUAAUUUAAAAAGUGGUACUGGGUCUCAUUCAACCUGUGCUGAAGAGAGGUCUGCAAAACCCACCAAACUGGCUUCUAAAUCAGCAACCUCAGCCAAAGCUGGGUGUAGCACUGUCACGGAUUCAUCCUCUUCAGCCUCUACAUCCUCUUCCUCUUCCACAGCCGUACCUCAGGGCGCCCGGGUCAAACAAGGGAAAGACCAGAACAAGGCAAGGCGUUCCCGCUCGGCCUCCAGCCCCAGCCCCCGUCGGAGCAGCCGCGAAAAGGAGCAGAACAAAACUGCUGGCUCUUCAAAGUUUGAGUGGCCCCGCUUUAGCCCUAAAGUCACCCUGCCAAAACCAAAACUGUCUCUACCAGGGUCUUCCAAGUCGGAGACUUCAAAACCUGGGCCUUCUGGACUUCAAGCCAAACUAGCAAGCUUGAGAAAGUCCACAAAGAAACGCAGCGAGUCCCCACCAGCAGAGCUCCCCAGUUUACGGCGGAGCACACGCCAAAAGACCACGGGCUCCUGUGCUAGUACCAGUCGGCGAGGCUCUGGCCUGGGCAAGCGGGGUGCAGCUGAAGCUCGCCGACAGGAGAAAAUGGCAGAUUCUGACAACAACCAGGAUGGAGCCAACUCUUCAGCUGCACGCACAGACGAGGCGCCCCAAGGAGCAUCAGCUUCUAGUUCAGUGGCUGGGGCUGUAGGAAUGACCACCUCAGGAGAGAGUGAGUCUGAUGACUCAGAAAUGGGUAGACUACAAGCUCUCUUAGAGGCUCGGGGCCUUCCUCCUCACCUUUUUGGUCCUCUUGGUCCUCGAAUGUCACAGCUUUUCCACAGGACGAUUGGAAGCGGGGCGAGCUCCAAGGCCCAGCAGCUCCUUCAGGGUCUCCAGGCCACUGGUGAUGAGUCUCAACAACUCCAGGCUGUAAUUGAGAUGUGUCAGUUACUGGUCAUGGGAAAUGAGGAAACUCUGGGGGGGUUUCCAGUGAAGAGUGUUGUACCAGCAUUGAUAAGCCUAUUACAAAUGGAGCAUAAUUUUGACAUUAUGAACCAUGCAUCAAGAGCUUUGACAUACAUGAUGGAAGCACUUCCCAGGUCAUCGGCUGUGGUGGUUGAUGCUAUUCCUGUCUUUCUGGAAAAGUUGCAAGUUAUCCAGUUUAUUGAUGUGGCAGAACAGGCCCUGACAGCUCUGGAAAUGCUAUCACGCAGACACAGCAAGGCAAUUCUACAGGCUGGAGGUUUGGCAGACUGUUUGCUGUAUCUGGAGUUUUUCAGCAUCAACGCUCAGAGAAAUGCCCUGGCAAUUGCUGCCAACUGCUGCCAGAGCAUCACCCCGGAUGAGUUUCACUUUGUUUCAGAUUCCCUGCCCUUACUCACUCAGAGGCUAACCCACCAGGAUAAAAAAUCGGUUGAAAGCACUUGCCUCUGUUUUGCCCGGCUUGUGGACAAUUUUCAGCAUGAGGAGAACUUGCUGCAGCAGGUUGCAUCUAAGGAUUUGUUAACAAAUAUCCAGCAGCUCUUAGUUGUGACUCCUCCCAUCUUGAGCUCAGGCAUGUUUAUUAUGGUGGUGCGCAUGUUCUCUCUAAUGUGUUCCAACUGCCCCAGUCUGGCCGUGCAACUCAUGCAACAGAAUAUAGCAGAAACUCUCCGUUUCCUUCUGUGUGGAGCUUCAAAUGGCAGUUGUCAAGAACAGAUUGAUCUUGUACCACGUAGCCCACAGGAACUCUAUGAGCUUACUUCUCUUAUAUGUGAGCUUAUGCCAUGCCUGCCCAGAGAGGGAAUCUUUGCAGUCGAUACAAUGCUCAAAAAGGGAAACACUCAGAACACGGAUGGUGCAAUCUGGCAGUGGCGAGAUGACAGAGGCCUGUGGCAUCCAUAUAACAGAAUUGACAGUCGGAUAAUUGAGACAGCUCAUCAGAAUGGUGAAGAUGAGAUUAGCUUAUCCACCCUUGGACGUGUUUAUACUAUUGAUUUUAAUUCUAUGCAGCAGAUCAAUGAGGAUACAGGGACGGCUCGAGCAAUUCAGAGAAAACCCAACCCUUUAGCCAACCCCAACACCAGUGGUCAUUUGGAAGUAAAGAAGGAUGAUGCCAGGGCACAGCUGAUGAAGGAAGACCCCGAACUGGCAAAAUGCUUUAUAAAAACUUUGUUUGGUGUGCUGUAUGAAGUGUACAGUUCUUCAGCUGGACCUGCAGUCAGACACAAGUGCCUUAGAGCAAUUCUUAGGAUUAUUUAUUUUGCUGAUGCUGAACUUCUAAAAGAUGUGCUAAAAAAUCAUGCUGUAUCUAGUCACAUUGCUUCCAUGCUGUCCAGUCAGGAUCUGAAGAUUGUAGUCGGAGCAUUACAAAUGGCAGAGAUUUUAAUGCAGAAGUUACCCGACGUAUUUGGAGUUUAUUUCAGAAGAGAAGGUGUGAUGCACCAGGUGAAAAAUUUGGCUGAAUCGGAGACUCUCCUUACUAGCCCUCCCAAGGCUUGCACUAGUGGGAUUGGAAGUAUAUGUACAACUACAAUUAGUACAGCAACAACCACUGCUGCAGCCAAUGCAACCCCAGACCUAGGCUCUCCCAGCUUCCAGCACAGCAUGGAUGAUUCUCUGGAUCUGAGUCCCCAGGGUCGAUUAAGUGAUGUCCUAAAGAGAAAACGGCUGCCAAAGCGUGGUCCAAGAAGGCCAAAGUAUUCUCCUCCAAGAGACGAUGACAAAGUUGACCAUCAAGCUAAGAGUCCUACUACCACACAGUCUCCCAAAUCUUCCUUCUUGGCAAGUUUGAACCCUAAAACCUGGGGAAAAUUAAGCACUCAAACAAACAGCACCAACUCUGAACUGCCACGCACAGCUGGAGUCAGCGGUCUGGCACGGGUUCCUCCAAAAGACUCUGUAUCCAAUAACAGGGAUAAGAUUAGGGCUUGGAUAAAAGAGCAGGCCAGUAAGUUUGUGGAACGCUACUUCAGCUCUGAGAACGUGGAUACAAGCAAUCCUGCACUGAAUGUACUACAGAGACUUUGCACUGCUACCGAACAACUCAGUCUACAGGUGGAUGGUGGAAUUGAGUGCCUUGUAGAAAUCUGCAGUAUAGUCUCUGAGUCAGAUGUGUCCUCGUUUGAAAUCCAGCACAGUGGAUUUGUAAAACAACUGCUGCUUUAUUUGACAUCCAGAAGUGACAAAGACACUGUGAACCGUGAUGUCAGAUUAAAGAGAUUUCUGCAUGUGUUCUUUGGUUGUCCGCCCCCAGGACUAGAACCUCUUGGACGAUUAGAGCCUUUAGAAAAUGGACCGCUAAUGGCUCUUGUGCACAAAAUGAACAACUGUCUUAGCCAGAUGGAACAGUUCCCUGUUAAAGUGCACGACUUCCCCAGUGGGAAUGGAACAGGAAGCAGAGGAUCCCAGGCCUUGAAAUUCUUCAACACCCAUCAGCUAAAAUGCCAGCUUCAGAGACAUCCAGACUGUACUACCGUAAAACAGUGGAAGGGUGGCCCAGUGAAAAUAGAUCCUUUGGCUUUGGUACAGGCUAUUGAAAGAUACCUUGUUGUCAGAGGGUAUGGAAGAAUUCGUGAGGAAGAUGAAGACAGUGACGACGAUGGGUCAGAUGACGAAAUUGACGAAUCUCUGGCUGCACAGUUUUUGAAUUCGGGAAACAUGAGGCACAGGCUGCAGUUUUACAUUGGAGACCACUUACUACCAUACAACAUGACGGUGUACCAGGCAGUUAGACAGUUUAGUAUACAGGCUGAAGAGGAGCGCGAGUCCACAGACGAUGAAAGCAACCCCUUAGGAAGGGCUGGAAUCUGGACAAAGACCCAUACAAUAUGGUACAAGCCAGUGAGAGAAGAUGAAGAUAGCAAUAAGGAUGUGGUUGGUGGAAAGAGAGGACGUGCACAAACCGCACCAACUAAAACUUCCCCUCGAAAUUCAAAAAAGCAUGAUGAACUGUGGCAUGAUGGGGUGUGUCCUACAGUGGCAAACCCAUUAGAAAUUUACCUCCUUUCAGUCCCACCUGAAAACAUAACAUUUGAAGAUCCUUCUCUUGAUGUGAUCCUACUUCUAAGAGUUCUUCAAUCAAUAAGCAGAUACUGGUUUUAUCUAUACGAUAAUGCCACCUGCAAAGAGAUUAUUCCUACCAGUGAGUUUAUCAACAGCAAACUUACUGCAAAAGCUAACCGGCAACUUCAAGAUCCCUUGGUUAUCAUGACUGGUAACAUCCCACCGUGGCUAACAGAGCUUGGGAAAACCUGCCCAUUUUUCUUCCCCUUCGAUACCCGACAAAUGCUGUUCUAUGUAACAGCCUUUGAUCGAGAUCGGGCCAUGCAGCGGUUACUGGACACAAAUCCAGAAAUUAAUCAGUCUGAUUCCCAAGACAGCAGAGUUGCACCGCGAUUAGACAGGAAAAAGCGUACUAUAAACCGUGAAGAGUUAUUGAAACAAGCUGAAUCAGUAAUGCAAGAUCUUGGCAGCUCAAGAGCAAUGUUGGAAAUACAGUACGAAAAUGAAGUUGGAACUGGCCUGGGACCCACAUUGGAGUUUUAUGCACUUGUAUCUCAGGAACUGCAGAGAUCUGACCUUGGCUUAUGGAGAGGAGAGGAAGUUGCCUUGUCAAACCCAAAAGGAAGUCAGGAAGGGACCAAGUACAUCUUCAGUUCACGGGGUCUGUUUGCUGUUCCUUUUGGAAGGACGACUAAACCGGCUCAUAUAGCCAAGAUUAAGAUGAAGUUCCGUUUUCUGGGAAAAUUAAUGGCCAAGGCCAUCAUGGAUUUCAGAUUGUUGGACCUUCCUCUUGGGCUGCCAUUUUACAAGUGGAUGCUGCGUCAUGAGUCCUCGGUCAGCUCCCAUGACCUCAUUAACAUUGAUCCUGGUGUAGCCAAAUCAAUUCAUCACCUUGAGGACAUCAUCAGACAGAAAAAGAAACUGGAACAGGAUAGGACGCAGUCAAGGGAAUCUCUGCAGCAGUCUUUAGAAGGUCUGAACAUGAACGGUUGCUCUGUGGAAGACUUGGGUCUUGACUUCACUUUGCCAGGAUUUCCUAACAUUGAGUUGAAGAAAGGAGGCAAGGAUGUCCCAGUAAACAUCCACAAUCUAGAAGAGUACCUAAGGUUGGUUGUGUUCUGGACCUUGAAUGAAGGUGUUUCCAGGCAAUUUGAGUCAUUCAGGGAAGGAUUCGAGUCAGUCUUCCCUCUGCAGCACCUGCAGUAUUUCUAUCCUGAAGAGCUGGAUCAAUUGCUUUGUGGUAGCAAGUCAGAGACCUGGGAUGUUAAAACAUUAAUGGAGUGCUGUAGACCAGACCAUGGGUAUACCCAUGACAGUCGUGCCGUCAAGUUCCUGUUUGAAAUUCUCAGCAGUUUUGAUGCUGAGCACCAAAGGCUGUUUCUACAGUUUGUUACUGGUAGUCCACGACUACCUGUAGGAGGCUUCAGGAGUUUGAACCCCCCGCUGACAAUUGUCCGCAAGACAUUUGAGUCUACGGAGAAUCCUGAUGAUUUUCUGCCCUCUGUAAUGACCUGUGUCAACUAUCUCAAGUUACCAGACUACUCUAGUAUUGAUAUAAUGCGUCAAAAACUGUUGAUAGCUGCUAGAGAGGGGCAGCAGUCGUUCCAUCUCUCCUGAUUGCAACGUUUAAAUGCCUUUUACAGUAAGAGAGAGAGAGAGAGAAAUCAUGUUUUUUUUUUUUUUAUCACCUACACGAGGCAAUGUGUGUACAGCUGCCUUGCUGUAGAAAGCAGCCUGUGAAAUUAAAGACUUGAUAUACAUAUUUGCUGCCCCCUUCUCCUCCCACAAACUGAAAGACAUCACAUGCCCCACAGAUUUCACAGAAGACUAAUGAUAUGUCAUUAGUUGAAGAGUUAAAUUUUUUUUUUUUUUUUUUUUUUUGAUGGGUGACAUUUUAAACUUGCAUUGCUGUGUGAUACUUAAAAAGGGAUUUUUCUUUUUUUUUUUUUUUUUCAGGAUGGUAGAACAAUAAAUGUCACUGUGCAGUUUCAUUUUGGGGUGUGUGUUUCCAUCUAGCAAACUAUAGUUUUGUUCCAAAGAAUUUUUUUUUUGUACAGCCAUAAAUUUUGCAAACUUGCUCAUACUUCGGAUACGUUUUGAUUUAGCUCCACGUAUGUUCACUCGUCAUUUUCCCCCGUUUUUAGUUUGUCCAUUUACAUUGUUUGUAUAAUAUACCACCAGUGUGUGUGUGUUGUAUUUGGGUUCUUCUUUUUUGUGUAUUUCUUAAUCUUGCAGACAAAGUUGUUACAGGUGGUUGAAUGUGGGUAAAAAUCAAAACCCAAGUUUUUCCCCUAAAUUAAAAAUUGUGAAAUAGUCUCCAUUUUAAAGCGUUUCAUCACAUUGUUACAAAUAUAAUCAAAACGCUUUAAUGAUAGUAUUUUUCUUAGUGUAGGUCAUUUUUGCUGAAUCCCUGAAAGACACACUAGUUGCUGUGUACCAGAUUAUUUCUGGCAAAACAAAUCGUAUUAAUAAAAGCUGAGAGUGCUCCAUUUAUAUUUUGUAGUUUAGCAAAAUUGAGCUGGUCAAUUAUUUUAUUGUUUUAUGGCCAGAUAGCAUUUCAAGUUAAUGUAAGGAAAAAUGCAGUUCCUCGCUCUGUUGGCAGUGAGAUGGCAGUUUUUUCUAAUAUAUAUAUAUAUAUAUAUAUAUAUAUAUAUAUUUCUUGCUGUAGUGUUAUGUCCUUUAUUAUUAUUAUUUUUUUUGCACUGCUAGCUUGGAACAAACAGUUGAGCGCUCCUGACAUGUAUGGAUAUGGAUAAGGCACCUGUAAGCAAUGCUCUGUCCAACUGUUCAUGUGCUGGUUUCUGAGAUCUGCAAUAAUUUACUUCAUCGGGUUCAUGUUUUUACCUGAACAUAAAUAAAAUAACUGUUUGACUUGCUGCUUUUUUUUUUUUUCUUUUUAUUGUAUUGCGGUGGCAUUUUGUUGAUUUUUGUUUUUUGAUCACAUGUAAAGUUUAAAUAAUACUGAUUAAAACAAUCGAGUGAAUGCUUUUUAUUUAUUUUUUUUUUGGAAGGAGCUUCAAUAGGACUCGAUUUGCUCUGUAUUGUGCAACAACAGCAAUUCACCACUCAAGAGAUCGUUCUUGCUCUUGGGACAGACAUCUAGUUUCAGUGGGCCAACAAAGAAUUAUUUGGUGUUUAGAAGUAGCUGUUCUUAGUAGCUGUUGUUAGACAGCAUUACAGACCCUGAACCUUCAUAUUUGUAAUCUGGGUAAAGGUUUUGGGUGGGAAAGACUGACCCUUGUCACUUUUGUUAAACAUAGGUGCCAACACUCCAGUACUAUAAAUGUAAAUGGUUAAGACUGGAAGGGAGGUUUUUGGGUUUUUUUUUUGGUUCAUAAUUGAGAUGUUCUUGGAGUAGAUGCAUGAAGCACCUGAAAUUACAUUUUUAUCUCUUCCAAGUGUUCUUGACAUCCACAUUGUUUUAAUUUUCCCUGUAACAUUUAACAUGUACUCUGUUCCAAUCAUUCUCUCUUUUUGUUAAUUUAAUAAUCUUUAUAUUAAAAAUGAUAAUGGCA